CGAAAGUCCAUGUCGAGCAGCGUAGCAGCAGAACCGUACCAGUGGUAGAGUUGGAUUGUCGUGGAGCGUCGACUGUCAGACAAACGGCUUACAGUAAAAAGUAAUACAAGUCGUGUAGUCAUCAGCAAAAGUGAAAAUUUUCUAUCAUCUGCUCGCGAUUGUGGUCCGAUACGCCGUGAUUGAUUACUGUUGAAUGCUAUUAACUGUUGGACACAUUCCGGGCGUACAAGUGGUUCGGGGUUCAUCGGGAAAAGAUUUCGCCUCGGGCUCGGGAGUGUCAAUUAUCUGGUUAGGAGGAAGGUGCAAGCAGCAGCCAACGAGUCGAAGUGGGAGGAUUGCGUGUUGAGGAAAAGUUUCGCUUACUUUGUAGGCCAUAGAGUGGUUGCAAUACAGUGCAGAAGAAAAAAGCAGUAAGUAAAGUGCAUCUUCGUCGAAGAAUGAAGAAAAUGGGGAAUUAAAAUCGUAAUUUAUUUCAGUGAUAUGAUUGAUUAAUUAAAUUAUUUGUGAUUCCUGGUGGAGGGAAAGUGCUAACAGCAAAAAAAAAGUGCGACAGAAAAAUCCCCUGGGAUACCCCGUGGAAACAUUUUAUUUUCUCAUGUAAGAGGUGUGCGCCGUGUUUUUUUUCAAGUGCUGUGUUUGUGCGAGGAUUUGUUUUGCAAUCGAAUUGAGCUUUUUUGUAGCGAACUCUACAUAGCUUCCACAUCAGCUGCUUCAUUUGAAACACCGUUUAGCAAACAAAUAAAAAAAAGAUCGAAAAUCAACAAACGCAACCCCGAACAGAAGAAAACCUUUGGCAGCGUUGGCAACUAUUUUGUUGAAAAUAACAACAACAACACGGCGGGCGCGACUGAAGCAAAGAAGAUAAACUUCAGGCAGAGGAAGUGCUAAAGUUUCUCUUCAUUAAAAAUCUUUUCUGCUGUUUUUGGUGUGAACGUGAAUGUCGCAACACGACCGACGCGUGCAGGUUUUUAACUCAGGAAACAUAUUCACGACACUCUGAAAGGACUGCAAACUGCAUACUCAAACGGAACAACAGCCGAACCGCACAAUAAGCAAACAGCAUUUGCGAAAGGACUCAUCACAAACCACCAUCCCCACCGUCAUUGUUGAUUUUUCUGCUAUUAUCACCUUCAGUGCCGGAACGUUGUGAGCCACGCGACGACGUCGACAACAACAACAACAACAAUAAAAACAAAAGUCCAUUGAAGCACCCACCCAUCCACUUCGCUGCUGCUAGAAAGACAAAAAUCUCACCGUCGUGUCGUUUAAAUCUCGAUUAAGAUAAAAGCCAUAGGCUGCUGGAAGGAACGGACACUAAAAAGUAGCAACAACAGACGGUUGGAAUCGGUUCGACGACGUGCGACGAAAGUUGUUUUCUCGCUAUUUGGUAGAAACUGAAAGUAUUCGCGAACUUACUUACCACCCAUCCACCCACGCACCAUCCUGGGGGACCCACCGCCACCUUGCCGCGACGAGUUUUUGCUCUCAUCGCAUAAUUACUCGGCAGCACAGUCGUGCACAGCUUCUUCUUCUUCUGUACGUGCGUGAAACAAAUAACCGGAGCGGAAGCUAAACAUCUAUAACAUCAGCCAGUUAGUUGAUUGUUUAAAUACACACACGCACACACACGAUCACGCGCGAAGAGGAGCUCAUCCAGAGUAGCAUACUUAUCCAUACCCGAGCGAAAACUCGAUAACGAUCCGUUGUCGUUGGGUUAUUUUUCUCUUGUAUUAUCGUGGUAUUAUUUAUUGUGUAGGUUUACUUUGUUUUUAUUUUGUGUGUAUUUAGAACACAUGCAUUACUUUACUGCUUGAACUUAACUGCCACGGGUGCUUAGCGGCGUUUUCUUGUAAGCCAGCGUUAGAAGUAUUAUUUUUACAUUUUUUCUUUAUUUACACCCUAGAGAAACGAUCUAUUUAUCAUUAUUUAAUUAAGUGUUCCUAGAAGAGGACCAUUGAUGGAUUAUGUCCCAUCACGAAACUAGUUCAGUAGCUUCACUGUGGGACAUUUGUCAAAAUCAAACGAUCUGUGUUAUUACAUUCCCCACCUGUUAGAGCGUAACGCCUAAAAGCUCAUUUCCACCUUUUGUGUGUUGUGUGUGUUUCUGUGCGAGUCUUUGUUCACUGUCCAUCGUCGUCGUCGUCCGUCACCUGGGAGCUUAAUCCGCGGGAUCGGCACCAAAACCCCUACAUUAUUCCGCAUAUUAAUGCUACACGGAGUACGCGUGUGCGAUCGCGAACCCUGAAUGCUUGAGUGAUUCCUUACGGUUCCCCGCGAAAUACCCGAUAGUAGCUUAACUAGUAUGACCUUGACGGUGUCGGAAUCGGACGGCAAUAAUCUGCGCACUAACCACAACCACCACCACCAUUACCAACCGAUGGAUAUGACCGAAUCUCUACCUAGUUCUGAACUCUCUCUGCUAGCCAAACUGGAGGCCGCGAACAAGCUGAUCGAAAGUGACUCCAAGAGUCUCAACUCGCUGCAGAGCUCUGCCCACAGCCGUAAAAGUUCCGACACGAGUCAAAUUUCACUGAACUCCGGGGCCUCCUCCGUCGGGGAGGAGGACAUCUGGUCGACAUGGGCUAGCAUCGUAGCCGACUGGGAGGCCGGCCAGAAACGAAAAACUCCCACGGUGAAGGAACUGGUCCGGAAGGGUAUCCCGCAUCACUUUCGGGCCAUCGUUUGGCAGUUACUGUGCGGAGCGUCGGAAGCCGACAAGAAACAGUACGCGGAGUACAUCAAGGCGACCAGUGCCUGUGAGAAAGUGAUCCGCCGAGACAUUGCUCGAACCUAUCCGGAGCAUGAUUUUUUCAAGGAGAAAGAUGGUCUCGGUCAGGAGGCACUGUUCAACGUGAUGAAAGCUUACUCGCUGCAUGACCGGGAGGUGGGCUACUGCCAAGGUUCGGGCUUCAUCGUGGGACUGCUGCUGAUGCAGAUGCCCGAGGAGGAUGCCUUCUCCGUACUGGUUCAAAUCAUGCAGCAAUAUCGCAUGCGGGACAUGUUCAAACCAUCGAUGGCAGAGCUGGGUCUCUGCAUGUACCAGCUGGAGAGCAUCGUUCAAGAGCAAAUCCCCGAGCUUCACAUGCACUUCCAAUCACAGAGUUUCCAAACCUCGAUGUACGCUUCCAGUUGGUUCCUAACAUUGUACACGACCGCCUUGAACCUCACGCUGAGCUGUCGUAUUAUGGAUGUCUUUCUGUCCGAGGGUAUGGAGUUCAUCUUUAAGGUAGCCAUCGCUCUGCUGCUGAUCGGUAAAGACACACUUCUGUCGUUGGAUAUGGAAGCGAUGCUGAAGUACUUCCAAAAGGAGCUUCCCCAAAAGGUUGAACAGGACAGCGACGGUCUGUUCAACCUAGCAUUCCAGGUGAAGAUCAACACCAAAAAGAUGAAGAAAAUGGAAAAAGAGUAUGCCGAUCUGCGGAAGAAGGAACAGGAGGAGAUGGUCGAGCUGAGGCGAUUACGAAGCGAAAAUCGGCUGCUGAAAAAGCGCAACGAGCUGCUGGAGGCGGAGAGUGCCGAACUGGCCGACCGGCUGGUGCGCGGUCAGGUGUCACGCGCCGAAGAGGAAGAAACCAGCUACGCCAUCCAGUCCGAGCUGUUGGCGUUGCGGCGGGUACACCUCGAAGUUUCACACCAGCUGGAGAACGCGAAUGAGGAAGUGCGAGCACUCAGUCUGCGGCUUCAGGAAAAUAACAAUUCCCGCCAAAAUUCCUUCGACGAAUUGAUCAUGAAGGAGGAGGCCCUGAAACAGCGUGACGAGAUGGUUUCUUGUCUACUAGAGGAACUAGUUAAGGUGCGCCAAAGUCUAGCCGAAAGCGAAGAUGUGAUACGAAACCUUAAGACUAAGAUCCAGGAAUUGGAAGAGGAUAAAAAACGCCUUCGGGAGACUACCAUUGACAACUCGGUAGCCCACCUGCAAGACGAACUAAUAGCAAGUAAGUUACGAGAAGCGGAGGCCAGCCUGUCGUUGAAGGAUCUCAAACAGCGCGUUCAGGAGCUCAGCACCCAGUGGCAGCGACAGUUGUCCGAGCAGCGGAAUGAAGCGGCCCAAAGUAGCGAUUCCGGUGCGAAGAAACUUCUGUUCUGGGAAUCUUCACGCACUCAGGAUAUGCAGAAACUGGAGGAGGACCUGAUGACCACACGGAUACGGGAAAUGGAAACUCUAACAGAGCUGAAAGAGCUACGACUGAAAGUGAUGGAACUGGAAACGCAGGUGCAGGUGUCAACGAAUCAACUUCGCCGGCAGGACGAGGAGUCGAAGAAGGUGAAGGAAGAACUGGAAGAGGCGCUAGUCCGUGAGAGAGAACUUUCCAACAAGGCCCGCGAACAGCAGCAUCGGUACUCGGACCUAGAAUCUCGCAUGAAGGACGAACUGAUGAACGUCAAGAUCAAAUUUACCGAGCAGAGCCAAACGGUGGCAGAGUUAAAACAGGAGAUUUCCCGGCUGGAAACUAAGAACUCGGAAAUGCUGGCAGAAGGAGAACUUCGCUCUAAUUUGGACGAGUCCGACCGUGUCCGAGAUCUGCAGGACAAGGUUGCUGAGCUGAAGGCGGAGCUGACAGCGCUGAAGUGUCGCGGUACCCCACUGAAUCUGCGCAUGAUCAAAAGCACCUCGAUCCAGUCGAUCGAUUCCACCAAUGAGAUCGACUUCAGCGAGAUGCAUCUCUCGCGAAAGGAUAUCAUCACAGGGACCGGAGGAAGUGGUUUGGCUAGCACCGUGAAUCCAGCCUUUGUCUCGUCACCCUCCCCGUCAUCGUCGUCCUCGUCGUGAAAUUUAGUAUUUAAGGUAGCAGCAGCAGCAGUACUAGUAAUUGCUAGUAGUAGAGUUGUUAGAUGAUAGAAAAAUUGCACACACUCAUCGGCAUUGUGACACCUGGAAACUCAUACAUACACCACUUUCUCUGUCACUUUAAUUACAGUAGAGAAAGGAACGUGGAAUCGAUGGCAGAAAGUACUAGUUUUUAUUGAUAAAUAGUAACGGUAACAUUUACUACUUAGGUUGUACCGAGCGAGAUGUGAACGAGCAGUGAAGCACAGGGAGGAAUCUUACACAGUACGACUGAUUAACCUACUACGAGACGCAGUUCUUAUGAUUUGUAUGUGAAUGUGUUUUGUUCGCUUAUUUUUAGUCUAGAAAAGGUUUAUUUAAAUUGCUACCAAUUGCAAAUACCACUAAGCGUUCUGGUUUGAUAGCGGGAGACUAGAAGAGCUCUAAGCGUAAUAGUGUGCAAGUCAAGCUGACAGCAAAUACAGGCAAUCUAUAUGUUAUUAUUAUUAUUAAUAUUAUUAUUAUUAUUAUUGCUAUUAUAAUUAUUAUUGUUUGUGUUUCGUUUCGCGUAUUAGUUUUUUUUUUAUUUUUAUGUUCUGCGUGAAUAAAAUGCAAAAAGUGAGAGUCUAACUGUCAUAUAUUGCUUGUUGCACAAUGUGGAUCGAAAAGAUGAGUAUUUUCAAAGAGUUUAUAUCCUAUAUGUAUACACACACAAGGCACACACACACACACACACACACAUCUGAGCGGAAGUAUUUCGAAAUCCGGAUACAGCACGGGUUGCUCUCAGCUCAACAGUCCUGAAUUCUCGUAUUAACUAAACUUUACUCGUUUAUGUUUUCUUAGCUGACGUCCAACGGUGCCGGCAUAGUUUAGUAUCUCAUACUGACAGUAUGCAUGCAUGCAUAUUACAAUGAAAAACCAAUUCCACUAACUGAUAUGAAAGACGGUAUUAUAACAGAAACAUGUUUUCGGGCGUUGGCGCCCUAGCGCUUCUUGAACUACUAAGUUUCGAGUGCAGUAGCAAUAGUUAACCAACCAAUAUUAGUCGUUCAAAAUUUCGCAUUCGAAGUAAUACAGCAGCAGCAGCAGCAGUUUAGUCUUUUUUGCUUGUCUGCCCAAAUCUCGUAGAAAUUUGUCGUGUGUUCCAAAACGAAAAAAAAAACAUUAUUCUGUACCUAGAUUAGUAGGCGUGAAUCAAACGAAUACUUGAACUGAUGUGUCAAAAUACAAAGCAAAUGAUAAAACACGAAAACAUAUGUCAGGCGAGAAGCUGUGAACAGUC